UAAACGGUAGGCAGACUGGAAAGCGAAGGGACUGUGGAGCUUAUCGCAGGAAACACGCUUCCAAAUUCCCCACGGAAAUAUGAGGGGCCGUAUGUCCAUGUAGUCAGCUGUUACACAAACACCUUGGGAGUAAGGGACAGUGGGAUCCCUACCUUUCUUGAUGAAUGAUGGGAAAAUUCUACCUGCUGCAGUGCCAACUGGAACCACUAAGAUGACCCAGGGAGAACUGAAGUGUCGAUGACAGUGUGAGCCAGGGGAAGUCAUCGCUUUGGCCAAAAUAUCCUCACAGUGAGCCAGAAAGAAACCUGUUCUCCUUGGAUACCCUCACACACUUUCCCUCACAAUCAGCCACUGCCAUGUUGAUGCCAGGACCUCUGUGGGCCUGGUUGGUUUUAAUAUGGGUGGGAGGCUCCAGUUCCCACAGCUUGUUUACCUGUGAGCCCAUCAAAGUAUAUCGGUGCCUGGGGAUGCCCUACAACAUGACCUUCUUUCCAAACAUGAUGGAGCACUACGACCAGGAUAUGGCAGCCAGUAUGAUGGAGCCAUUCAUGCCGCUGGUAAACCUGCGCUGCUCUCCAGAUGUCCAUCACUUUCUUUGUCAAGCAUUUAUCCCACAAUGCAACGAGGAGAACCAGGUGGUCCGUCCAUGCAGAGAGGAGUGUAUGACCGUUCUUUCGGACUGUGAGGAUAAUAUCCGUGUCUUUGGUAUCAUCUGGCCUCCUGAACUCCAGUGUGACAAGUUGGACUCAUGUAGCCUUGUUGGUUUGGACCCCUUUGCAACCACCACAAUGAGCCCCACACCAGCUAAGAGGGACCUUGGAUUCUGGUGCCCACUUCAGCUAAAGACCAAGCCAGGCCAUGGAUCAUCGUUCCUGGGUGCCCAGGACUGUUCUCCACCUUGCUCCAAUAUGUACUUCAAGCCCCAUGACAUUGAAUUUGCAAAGAGCUUCGUCGGAGUAUGCUCCAUCAUCUGCUUGGGCGCCACACUCUUCACUUUCCUCACUUUCCUCAUUGAUGUUAAACGAUUCCGCUACCCAGAGCGCCCAAUAAUAUUUUAUGCUGUCUGCUACAGCUUUGUUUCACUCAUAUACUUCAUUGGUUUUCUGCUUGGGAACAAUGCAGCCUGCACCAAAGCAGAUCAUCCUAGUGGAGUGGAUAUCGUGGUGCUUGGCUCUCAGAGCAAAGGCUGCACUCUACUUUUCAUGCUGCUUUACUUCUUUACCAUUGCUGGAAUCGUCUGGUGGGUAAUACUCACUAUCACCUGGUUCCUGGCAGCUGGACCCAAGUGGAGCUGUGAGGCUAUCGAGAAGAAAGCGGUAUGGUUCCACUCUGCUGCCUGGGGGAUCCCUGGAGCGCUAACUGUCAUGCUGCUGGCUCUGAACAAGGUUGAAGGGGACAACAUCAGUGGAGUCUGCUUUGUGGGGCUCUAUGACCUGGACGCUUUGCGCUACUUUGUUCUGGCUCCUCUGUGUGUGGGUGUCGUGGUUGGCCUUUUUCUUAUCCUGGCAGGCAUUGUUUCUCUGAACCAUGUCCGGCAGGUCAUCCAGCACGAUGAGCGCAACCAGGAGAAGCUGAAGAAGUUUAUGAUUCGAAUUGGCGUAUUCAGCUGCCUCUACCUGGUCCCACUGGUCACCCUAUUAGCCUGCUACACCUAUGAACAGAGCCAUCGCAGCACAUGGGAGAAUACUUGGAUCAAUGACCGCUGUCAGGAGUAUAGUAUCCCGUGCUCAUAUAAGACAACAGAGCUCGACCGUCCUGACCUCUCCCUGUUCCUGGUGAAAUACCUCAUGACACUGGUGGUUGGAAUAUCUGCAGUUUUCUGGGUUAGCAGCAAAAAGACCUGCUCUGAGUGGGCUUACUUCUUUAACAAGACCCGCAAGAGAGAUCCCAUCAGUGAGAGCAGGAGGGUGCUCCAGGAGUCCUGCGAGUUCUUCCUCAAGCACAACAGCCGUGUCCAGCACAAGAAGAAGCACUACAAGCCUAGCUCCCACAAGCUUAAAGUUAUCUCAAAGUCAAUGGGCACAAGCACAGGUGCUGCACCCACCAGUGUUUCCGCUGGCCCAACCACAACCAAUCAAGGAACUUCUGUGCUGGGCAAUCAUGAGCACCGUCUGCAUGGUUCUCUGUCUGAGGCUUCAGUCAGGGAGCACCUGGACAGGGGCACCUCCAGCAGGGGCUCCAGGAGGGGGGAGAGAGGGAGAGAGAGGGAAGGUGGAGAGAGACGUAGCAAAGGGGGAAGCUCCAGUAAGAUCAGCAGCCGCUCAGAGAGCAUGCACAGAGUCGCAGAUGGGAGGGCGACUCCGAGGAACGAGCUGUCAGAAGUCAGGCACAUCCCAAGUGUGCUCCAGCAUCCAGCUUUAAACCUAUCACACAGCAGCAGCGUCCAGGAGCCCAACCAGCAACCCAUGCACCAGGUGCCUGAUGAUAGCAAGGCCUUGUAGGACAACAGAUGCAGAGACUUCUGAUCACCCUGUGUAUUCAUCCAUCCACCUUAAAACCACUUAGACAACAGUCACACUUGAUGCUGAUUCAUUUGCCUGUUCAGGCAAAGGUAAAGUCUGAGUCAGAUUAUACGCCUGAUACAUUGGAUUAUGAUUGUAUUGGUUAAAUUGUGGUCAGUGACUGUUCAGCUAGCAAAAUGUGACACACCUUGGGUAUUUUAAAUGUGGUGUGUUUAGAGCAGAAUUUGUGGGAUUUAGCCUGAGAGCCGUAAGAUAUUGGAGUAAUUUUUGGUUUCAGCUUUACUGAGCUUUUUCUGUUACAUAUGAACUUUACCUGAAUGUUGUAGCACAGCUGUGUACCACCUGUAUAUCUGACAACAGUCACUUAAUUUUAAAGCAUGCUUCAGGAACUUUAGGACUACUGUUUUAUGGAUUUGUAGCUUACUGGCAUAGAAUGCAUACUAGUAAACAUGCUUUACCUAUGUAAAUAUCCUGUUAUUAUAUUUUUUCUUGAAAUUUAGUCUUUCACUGAACAAGUCACUACACUGAGUCUUGUGAUUUAAUGUCAAGAUAUUACCAAACGUACCUUAAGGAAAGUCUUCCUGUGGUAAAGCAAUGUUUUGAAUGUAAUGUUCCUUCUUGAGUCAAUGUUUGUGUUUAAACCUUAUGCUGUUAUCCACAUAAUGUGUUACUUCACUGUCCUUUGCAAAAAGGACGUACUCGUAAACUUGAUGUAGUGUAUUUGUAGAUAACGUUGAAUUUGUGUUUGUUUGCUUUCAAAACCAGGGCUUAAUUUUGCAUGUAUAUGUGCAGAUGUUUCCUAAACAAGUGUCUUCUGAAUUAGGAUAAAGUUCAGCUUUAUACAUUUUUGCAGGAAUGUUUCUUGUUACAGUAGUUCCUUCUCUCUGAAGAACUUCAGAGAUCCUCCAUGUGUUUUGCAUGUGUGGGGUCAAAUUGUCUUUUUGGUGUAAAUUCCAAUGAUUUUGAGUCAAGUCAUGUAAACAGAAAGAAAUCUUCACACUAUUUUUAAGUAUAAAAAAUUACAUUAUGAUUAUAAAAGCACAAAAUGAACAUUUUAGACUUUGUUCACUCUUUAUAACACAUUUUCCCUCAAGUACUUCCAGAACAGCGUGUGGGAUUUAUUUUAGAGCUGUUAUGUGGGAUUGUCUGUUCUGCUGUUUAAGGACUUAUUCUCCAAAGAAGUAUCUUAUCCUUUUGUAAUUGGGGUCACAUGAGAAUUCCAGUUACAUAUAAAGGGAAUCCCUGCUGUUAGUUUUAUAGUUGUACAUGACUAUUCUUAUUUUGUCACAUGGAUGUGGGUCUUACAUUUUUUAAGUGUCUGGACUUGUCUCAGUGCACCAGAUCCUUUUUAGUAAUGUGGUCUUUUUUAAUUGCUUUUUUAUAUUCUCUCAUUGUCUGCUCAGUUUUGUAUCAAUUCAUUUGUUUUAAUAAAAAAUAAAUUAUGAA